AUGGAAGUUGCAAAUGCUAUCAUCUUGUUCGACAGUGUGGAUCAGGGAAAUCUUUCCAGCCCGGCCUCUUACCCAAGGCUGACGCUCAGCGUCGUGCCGCAACGUUCGCGCGACCAAGUUCGAGCCAGGUUGCAAAUCACCCUCGUCGGGCUCCUCGCAACAGCGACGGCGGGGUACAUCACCGCCGUCGGCAGAUCCGCCAUCUGGUCUUGGGAGGAAACGAAUUCUGGAAAGCGAAUUCUGGAUUGGCAAGGGGGGAUCGAUCACUACAUCAUCGAGGCAGGGGUCCUUGGCGCCGGGAUUGAUGAGGGCAAGGGUCUGUGCGGCGAGGAAGAAAGACUUAUUCAAAAGGCUAUACAAGGCCAGGGGGCGGAGGCCUCGGAGCAACUCGACAAAGAUAACACAACAGGGGACAAGGAUCCAGGCGUGGACAAGGAUCCAGGCGUGGACAAGGAUUUAGGCGUGGACAAGGAUUUAGGCGUGGACAAGGAUCUUCGCGGCGACGAAAGACAGACGGUCGUUAAGUCGAACGGCUUGCGAACCACUCCAGCUUGCAGUGUCAGAUGCGAAGGGACAGUUGGGUCGGUAAUAUUUACGGCGACCAACGGCCAAGCCAAAUUAAUCAUAUGCAACCAGAGAUCUCUCAGAAGCUCACGCAGUGGCAGGUCGUCUCCUCGCGGCCCCCGGGGCUUGAGGUUGCCUUUGCAUUGCCCAGUUCCUCUCCCCUCACCCCUAUCGUUCCAACGUCCCAAGUCUUCCACAUUUACAGGCCAUAUCACGCCUUCCUGGAGACAACCAUUCUCUCUACUAGUCAACUGCUACCUUCCCGUACUUGAUUCUUCCGCUGGACAAUAUCGAUUGCCCCUCAUGACUGUCGACUCAUCUCCCACUGAGACCGGUCGUGUCCAUGACAACUUGCCGGCUGGCAGAGACUUUUCGAUGCUCUUGCCAUUCAUCUACGACACUUCUUCCUUUUCUGAUCGUCAAGUCCAAGUUGCCAACGCCGGUACCAUCGUCGCGUCGACCGUCGUGGAGGGUCAAGCACCUGCACGUAGACACACCAGCAUCAAUGCGGCCGACCCUGCAAUGGGAAAGAAGGGAGGCAAGGCUGUUGAAAAGUGA